CCGCCUCAGCCCCGUCCCUCGCCCCGCUCCAUCCUCCCUGCUCUCCGCCGGCCCAGACGGCAGGCGGGAGUAGCGGCAGCGGCAGGCGAGAGCAGCCCCCUCGCCCGCCCCUCUCGGCAGCCUUCCUCCUCCUCCUCCUCCUCGCCAGCCCCACACGAGCUAAAGGAAACUCCAAGGACGCCCCGAGGCAAAGGAGAGCGAGCGAGCGAGCGGGGAAGGAGAGAGGCGGGAGGCGGGCAGCAGGCAGGCGGGCGAGGGAGAAGCGCCCAUCCCUUUCCCCCUCACGGCAAUGUCCAAGGGCUUGAAGAAGAAAAGCCACUGGACGAGCCGAGUCCAUGAGUGUGUCAUCGUGAGGAGCCAGGAGGGCCAGCUGGGCUUCGAGCUGAAGGGGGGCGCCGAGAACGGGCAGUUCCCGUACCUGGGGGAGGUCAAGCCCGGCAAGGUGGUCUACGAGAGCGGAGGCAGCAAGUUGGUGCCCGAGGAGCUGCUGCUGGAGGUGAACGAGACCCCCGUGGCCGGGCUCACCAUCCGGGAUGUGCUGGCCGUGAUCAAGCACUGCAAGGACCCCAUCCGGCUCAAGUGCGUCAAGCAAGGUGGAAAGCCCAGGAUAGCAGCAUUCUUCCAGCCCUGGGGAGUCCUGAGCAGUGGAGGCAUUGUUGAUAAGGAUCUUCGUCGCUACCUCAAUUUACGGUUCCAGAAGGGUUCAGUGGACCACGAGCUCCAGCAGAUCAUCAGAGACAAUCUCUACCUCCGAACAGUGCCAUGCACUACAAGGCCUCAUAAGGAGGGGGAAGUCCCUGGUGUGGAUUAUAUUUUCAUCACUGUUGAAGAUUUUAUGGAACUAGAGAAAAGUGGUGCUCUUUUAGAAAGCGGGACAUAUGAAGACAACUACUACGGUACUCCAAAGCCUCCAGCAGAGCCAACCCCAUUAUUGUUAAAUGUAACAGACCAGUUACUCCCCGGUGCAACACCCAGUGCUGAAGGCAAACGCAAAAGAAAUAAGUCGGUGAGCAAUAUGGAGAAGACUGGAAUAGAGCCCCCAGAGGAAGAGGAGGAAGAAAGAGCUGUCGUCAACGGAAACGGCAUGGCAAUAACACCAGAAUCAAGUGAGCAUGAAGAGAAGAGUACAGGUGCCUCAGGUGAAACUUCCUCACAGCCUUAUCCUGCACCAGUAUAUAGCCAACCUGAAGAGGUAAAAGAGGAUAUGGAUGUAACAAAGCAACCCAAACCAGAAGAAAAUGAUGAAUUGGGCCCAUUGCCUGACAAUUGGGAGAUGGCCUACACAGAGAAGGGAGAAGUCUACUUCAUUGACCAUAACACAAAGACAACAUCAUGGCUGGAUCCACGACUUGCGAAAAAGGCUAAACCUCCCGAAGAGUGCAAAGAAAAUGAUCUUAAUCUAAUGGGUCGGAUCCAAAGGUUCCCUUCUUCCGACGGAGGAAGCUUUCCUCUGACAGAGGAAGAGAAUAAAGAGCUACCAUAUGGCUGGGAGAAAAUUGAUGAUCCCAUUUAUGGCACUUAUUAUGUUGACCACAUAAAUAGAAGAACACAAUUUGAAAAUCCUGUUUUGGAAGCAAAGAGGAAGCUCCAGCAGCGUGCCAUGACCAACGCAGAACUUGGAACCAAGCCUAUGCCGGCCCAAGGUUUCCGAGGUACAGUAUCAUUAGAAAGCUCCUCAUCAACAUUACCUAGGCCCAAACUUGUUCACCCGUGCCCAGCGCCUCAGAGGUCUCGCAGUGUGAGUGACCUGUCUCUGUAUCGGCGGGACAUUGCUGGAGUGUACAGGCUUUAUGAAAAACCGCUCUUCACCCGUGAUGCCUCACAGCUGAAAGGGACUUUCCUCAGCACGACUCUUAAAAAAAGCAAUAUGGGCUUUGGAUUUACCAUCAUUGGUGGGGAUGAGCCCGAUGAGUUUCUCCAGGUGAAGAGUGUCAUUCCUGAUGGGCCUGCAGCACAGGAUGCCAAAAUGGAAACAGGUGAUGUCAUUGUCUAUAUUAAUGAAGUUUGUGUCCUUGGGCAUACUCACGCAGAUGUAGUCAAACUCUUCCAGUCUGUUCCCAUUGGUCAGAGUGUCAACCUGGUGCUAUGUCGUGGAUACCCUCUGCCCUUUGAUCCUGAAGAUCCUGCCAACAGCAUGGUGCCACCACUUGCAGUCAUGGAGAGGCCUCCAGUAGUAGUAAAUGGAAGACAUAACUAUGAAACUUAUUUGGAAUACAUUUCUAGAACUUCUCAGUCUGUUCCAGAUGUAACAGAUCGGCCACCACAUUCCUUGCACUCCAUUCCAGCAGAUAGUCAGCUUGAUAGCACAUUCCCACCACCUGUUCAUGAUGAUAAUGUAUCAAUGGCUUCUUCUGGGGCCACGCAAGCUGAACUCAUGACCUUAACCAUUGUGAAAGGGGCCCAGGGCUUUGGCUUCACUAUAGCAGACAGUCCCACAGGACAGAGGGUGAAGCAAAUUCUAGACAUUCAGGGGUGCCCUGGUUUAUGUGAAGGUGACCUCAUUGUUGAGAUCAACCAGCAGAAUGUACAGAACAUGAGCCAUGCAGAAGUAGUGGAUAUACUUAAAGAAUGUCCAGUUGGAAGUGAGACUUCUUUGAUUAUCCAUAGAGGAGGAUUCUUUUCACCAUGGAAGACUCCAAAACCUAUGAUGGAACGAUGGGAGAAUCAAGGCAGUCCACAGACGAGUUUAUCUGCUCCAGCUGUCCCACAGAACAUCCCCUUUCCGCCUGCCCUUCACAGGAGUUCUUUUCCUGAUUCAACAGAGGCCUUUGACCCAAGGAAACCUGACCCAUAUGAGCUGUAUGAGAAAUCACGAGCUAUUUAUGAAAGUAGGCAGCAAGUGCCGCCCAGGACUGGUUUUCGAAUGGAUUCCUCAGGUCCAGAUUACAAGGAGUUGGAUGUUCAUCUUCGGAGAAUGGAAUCUGGAUUUGGCUUCAGAAUCCUUGGAGGAGAUGAACCUGGACAGCCUAUUUUAAUUGGAGCAGUAAUUGCCAUGGGCUCAGCCGACAGAGAUGGCCGCCUACAUCCUGGUGAUGAGUUGGUCUUCGUCGAUGGAAUUCCAGUGGCUGGCAAAACUCACCGAUAUGUGAUUGACCUCAUGCAUAAUGCAGCUCGAAAUGGGCAAGUGAAUCUAACUGUGAGAAGAAAGGUGCUACCCACAGACUCCUGGAGUCAGAAAAAUUCUCUCCAGCCUGGUGCAACGCCCCCUAGCAGCUCCCCAAACCUUAGGAAAAUGGCCAAUAGCCAAGGAGAACCGUGUCCUGAGAAUGGCAGGAGUCCAGGCUCUGUGUCUACGCACCACAGUUCUCCAAGAAGCGACUAUGCCACAUAUGCUAACAGCAAUCAUGCUGGAUCAAGUAGCAAUGCUACACCCCCAGAGGGCUUUGCUUCGCACAGCUUGCAAACAAGCGAUGUUGUCAUCCAUCGCAAAGAAAAUGAAGGGUUUGGUUUCGUUAUCAUUAGCUCCUUGAACAGGCCUGAAUCUGGAUCUACAAUAACUGUACCCCAUAAAAUAGGCCGGAUAAUUGAUGGAAGCCCCGCUGAUCGCUGCGCAAAGCUCAAAGUCGGAGACCGGAUCUUAGCUGUGAACGGCCAGUCUAUUAUUAACAUGCCUCAUGCAGAUAUUGUGAAGCUAAUUAAAGAUGCUGGUCUUAGUGUAACUCUUCGCAUCAUUCCUCAGGAGGAGCUGAACAGCCCAGCUUCCGCACCCAGCUCAGAAAAACAGAGCCCCAUGGCGCAGCAGCACAGCCCCAUGGCUCAGCAAAGCCCCCUAUCCCAGCAGAGCCCCGUAACACAGCCAGCGCCUCCACAGCCUCUCCAGUCCCAAGGACACGAAAACAGUUAUAGGUCAGAGGUAAAAGCAAGGCAGGAUGUGAAGCCCGACAUCCGACAACCUCCCUUUACAGACUAUAGGCAGCCUUCAACGGACUAUAGGCAGCCUCCAUUAGACUACAGACACCCUCCAGUUUUGGAUUACCAGCAACCGCCACCUCUGGACUACCGACAGCCCCCGUUGAUAGACUACAGGCAACAUUCUCCUGACACCAGGCAAUACCCUUUAUCAGAUUACAGGCAGCCCCAGGACUUUGAUUAUUUUACUGUGGACAUGGAGAAGGGAGCCAAAGGAUUUGGAUUCAGCAUUCGAGGAGGAAGAGAGUACAAAAUGGAUCUCUAUGUGUUGAGGUUGGCAGAAGAUGGGCCAGCAAUAAGAAACGGAAGAAUGAGGGUGGGGGAUCAAAUAAUUGAAAUUAAUGGGGAAAGCACAAGGGACAUGACACAUGCCAGAGCAAUAGAACUAAUCAAAUCUGGCGGCAGGAGAGUGCGGUUGCUACUGAAACGUGGAACCGGGCAGGUCCCAGAAUAUGACGAACCAAACUGCUGGAGUUCUCCCUCUGCCACCUCCCCAGGUCUGCCGGAAGUAACUAUUUCCCUUGAUGACAUUCUCUCACCAUUAUCUUCAUCACAUCUAGCCCAACCCUCUGACCCUUCCCACCAGAUAAACCCAGAGCCAACAUGGGAUAUCAAGAGGGAACAUGAUGUAAGAAAACCAAAGGAGCUUUCAGCAAAUGGCCACAAAAAGAAAAGGGUAGGUGAGGAGAGAGAGAGGUCUGCAAGUCCUAAAAAGGUAGACAGGUCAAAGCACGAAGAGGCUUCUCGGAAAGGAAGCUCAGAAGGCAAGGGCAAGGCUGGCGAAAGCGGCCGGCCAGCGUCGGAAAGCAAGGCGGUUGGACUGAGCACAAUGGCCGAGGCUGCGGUACGAGAUCUUGGGUGUGCAGGAACCAAUGAUGAACUGGCCGGGAGAUCCAAGUGGAUGGAAAGCAAAAGAGGAGGAUCGCUCGGUGCAAAAGAUCACAGCGCCACAGCUGCCACAGGGAAGAAGUUGGCUGCAGCUUCCGAACACGUCAAGCUCGAUUCCAUUGGUGCUACAAAGACAUACAGUAGCAAUAGCAGCAGCUCGCAUGGAAGUGACACGGAUCACAGCCAGAAGGAAUCUGAACGGAAGCUCAGUGAGUUCCCACGGAAGGGACACCUCCACUCCAUUAGCACACGUAGCACGAACACGACAGCCCGGAAGGCAACUGUCUCACCAGGACCAUGGAAGAUUCCUGGUUCUGACAAGCUACCUGAUGUACUAAAAUCUGGCACUUCAGCUAUGAGCAGAUAAAUCAGGGACUGUUGCCUUCUAACUGUUUCGCAGUGAUGCAGAACAUCCUUCUUAGCGUCUGUCUCACAUUGAUUUACUUUAAUUUAUUUUAACUGUCACACACACACACACAUACAUGCUCAAAACACUGAGAAAUGGAAACAAUAACAUGUAUUUCCAUGACAGCGUGCAUAGCGUCCUAAUAAGUUGAAGCAGCAUAUAGUCACACAGUAUUUAAAUGUGACCCUAAAGUCCCCCAGUUUCAUUUCAGAGACUUUGGCAGCUAUGGAAGAAACCAAAAUAAUAUGAAGGACAGUCAACCACAAGGACAGUGCAGUGUAGCUUUAGUAUGUUGUUUUCCACUGCAUGAAGGACUUUGGAUUUUCGUUCAAACUUUAUAUCAAGAAACUGGAAGAAGUUAGAGCAAUCACAAACUGGAACAUCGCCUUAAAUAAAACUGCACGGAGAAAGCUAAAAGUGGAAAAAGAAAUCUUUUAUCUGAGUUAAAUGUUGUAAAUAAAUUGUUCUCAACAUAUCCAGACAGGGGUUUGAAGCAUUUGAAAUUGUAUAUCCAUGACAUGUCUCCACUGUUAACACUUUGGAAAAGAUCACCCAAAACCAGUAGCAUAAUUCGUUAUGCAAGAUGUGCAAUCCUAGUGGAUUAGCUGGUGCGAUACCAUUUCUACUGCCAUUUUUGUGAACAACCCAUAUUUCUGUAUGUUGGGGUGGAAUUGUAUCCACAAACCUAGCCUCAAAAAGGAGAUUGCCACAGGUUACUCACACUCCCCCACCCCAUGCACCAGGAUUACUUGGUACCAUACAAAUUUUGACAUGGAGAACUGUAACAUGCAGUUCCCAGACCACUAUGAUGAGAAGGUGAUUCUUGAAAGAUUGAAAAAUGCAGUUUCCUUUCAGAAAGCCUCCAUCUCCUGCAGGAACUAUUAAUUGCCUCAACACUUGUCCAACUCUCAUUUAACACAACUAUCCUUGAGUUUUUGUCUCCCAUCACACGCUAAGAAAUUCUAAGGCAGAGCUCCAAGAGACAUCCUCGUCCGUUAUCUGAAGUCAUAUAUACGUCAGGCAUCCAGCUCUUAUCUUGCGUCCAUAUUUUUAUUCAGAACAUUCUUGCUUUUAACUUUCGAAUCUCAAGUGCCAUGAGAACAUUUCAACCCACGCCAGUGAAGUACAGCUUCUCCAAUGAGCUCCAUUAAUCAAUUCUUUAUCCCUGAGAGGUUUGCUAUUUUCCCAGCAACAGCAAUACAAACAACAGCAACUCGGUAAUAAUGUGGGGGUUUUUUUAAUAAAUAAAAAAAUCGCCAAGAUAACUAUGCUUAGGAAGGAUGUGUUUGGCAAACUCUCGUGUAACUGGGAAAUACAUUGCUCGAUGAUGGAGCAAAAAUCCUGUUGGUGGAAGUUUUGAUUUGGAGAAGGCUGUGAGGCAGUGAUGGGAUGUUAGCCAUUCUGGUGCUGGGCAGCAAGGAGAACAGUUUCUUGCUAGCUCUCCCAGCUUCAUUUUUCCUCCAGGAGAUACGGAGGCAUCAUUCUACCAUAGUUGGGAAAAGGCAAAAGAAAGGAUUUUGCACCUUUUAAACAAGAUGCGUAUUUUAAGAACUAGUCCCAUUAUAAUUUUUUAAGAAAGCACAAAGAUAUGUAGCUGUUUACAAAAUAUAUAUAUAUAUAUAGUUUUUAAUUAAGAAAUUAGAGAUAUAUCUUUAUCCUCCAACCUAGACAUUUGGCAUAAUUCGCUGUUAAUUUAUUAAAUCUGGAUGUUGGACAAAAUUUCCCUAAUCUAAAUGGAAAUGCACAUCCAUCAAUAUUAUUUCCUAUGUAUAAUGAACAGAAACAAACAGCAUUGGGGAGUAAAUAGUUGAGAUUAUGCUUGCAUAAACUCCGAUUUGCACAGUGCCCAGCAAAUCCUUCUGCAGUAAUUGCUUUAUGCGGUUGUAAUUGAUAACCUGUGAAGACAGCACAUCAUCUAAACCCCAUUCCAAAUAAUAUUUCUGUGUAGUGUUAGCUGUGAAUUUACCUUGUACAGCUCUAUCGCUAUAAAUAUAAUUCCAUGUAUUAAUAGUCACAGAAAGGCUGUAAGUGAGCAACUAUUUUUAUGAAACGCACCACUAUGGAUAAAUUAACUUUUACAGAAAUCUUGUUUACUGUAUGAUAUUCUAAACCACUCAAAUAAAAUAUAUAUCCAAGAAUCUUUUUCCCAA